AUGGCCCUGAGACUCGUCCUGGCCUUUGCCGUCAGCCUCUGGGUGGGCUGCUCACUCUGUCGCGAGAGAGAAGCUCACACUCUCCCUCUCUCUCCGGGCCACCCAGUAGCUUCCUCCCAGCCCAGGGUGCGGUGCCAGGCCUCCAGGUACCCGGUCGCCGUGGACUGCUCCUGGACUCUGCCGCCCACUCCUCCGAACUCCACCAGGCCCACAUCAUUCAUUGCCACGUACAGGCUCGGCGUGGCAGCCCAUGGGGAAAGCUGGCCCUGCCUCCAUCCGACACCGGAAGCCACCAGCUGUGUCAUCCCUGACGUCCAGAUGUUCUCCAUGGUGCCCUAUGUGCUUAACAUCACAGCUGUCCACCCCAGCGGUGUCAGCAGCAGCUUCAUGCCCUUUGUCCCAGAGCACAUCAUCAAACCAGACCCUCCAGAAGGCGUGCACCUGAGCCCCCUCCCUGGGCAGAGGCUGUGGGUGCAAUGGGAGCCCCCCCGGACCUGGCCCUUCCCGGAGAUCUUCUCCCUCAAGUACCGGAUCCGCUACAAGCGUCACGGGGCUGCCCGAUUCCGUCAGGUGGGGCCAAUUGAAGCCACAUCCUUCACCGUCAAGGCUGUGAGGCCUCAAGCCAAGUACUGCAUCCAGGUGGCUGCUCAGGACCUCACUGACUACGGGGAAUGGAGUGCCUGGAGUCUCCCUGCUGCUGCCUCCAUGACCCUGGGCAAGUAGCAGGGGCUCCCCACACCCCUGAAGAGGGGCC